CUUUGUGUGUUUUUUUUUCUCCUGGGGUGGGUGGGGGGGAUUUAUUAAUUUCAGAGGAGUGUGUGUGUGUGUGUGUGUGUUCAUCCCCGCCCGUCACUCUGCACCUCCCGGUCGAUGGUCGUUGAGGAAGCUUCCAUCUUGAGUCCCGUAAAAACCGAGAGAACCAUGGCGAGCGACUCCCCCGCGCGGAGUCUGGACGAGAUAGACCUGUCUGCACUACGGGACCCGGCUGGUAUCUUUGAGCUGGUUGAACUGGUUGGAAACGGCACGUACGGGCAGGUCUACAAGGGUCGCCAUGUCAAAACAGGCCAACUCGCUGCUAUUAAGGUCAUGGACGUCACAGGAGAUGAGGAGGAGGAGAUUAAAGCAGAGAUCAACAUGUUAAAGAAGUACAGCCACCACAGGAACAUCGCGACCUAUUACGGAGCCUUCAUCAAGAAGAACCCUCCUGGAAUGGAUGACCAGCUGUGGCUGGUGAUGGAGUUCUGCGGUGCCGGCUCGGUGACGGAUCUGAUCAAAAACACCAAAGGGAACUCUCUGAAGGAGGAGUGGAUCGCCUACGUCUGCAGAGAGAUCCUCAGGGGUCUGACCCAUCUCCACCAGCACAAGGUCAUCCACAGAGAUAUCAAGGGCCAGAACGUGCUGCUGACGGAGAACGCAGAGGUGAAACUAGUGGACUUUGGUGUGAGCGCUCAGCUGGAUCGCACGGUCGGCCGGAGGAACACGUUCAUCGGGACGCCGUACUGGAUGGCUCCGGAGGUCAUCGCCUGUGACGAGAACCCCGACGCCACGUAUGACUUCAAGAGUGAUCUGUGGUCGCUCGGCAUCACAGCUAUCGAGAUGGCAGAGGGAGCGCCGCCUCUGUGUGACAUGCAUCCAAUGAGAGCGCUCUUCCUCAUCCCCAGAAAUCCUGCCCCCAGACUCAAGUCGAAGAAGUGGUCGAAGAAGUUCCAGUCGUUCAUAGAGAGCUGUCUGGUGAAGAGCCACAGUCAGAGGCCGAGCACCGAGCAGCUCCUCAAACAUCCGUUCAUCAGGGAUCUUCCCAACGAGCGGCAGGUCCGCAUCCAGCUGAAGGACCACAUCGACCGCACCAAGAAGAGGAGGGGGGAGAGGGAUGAGACCGAGUAUGAGUACAGCGGGAGCGAGGAGGAGGACGAAGAGCGAGACAUCGGAGAGCCCAGCUCCAUCAUCAACAUUCCCGGGGAGUCCACCCUGAGGCGGGACUUCCUGCGCCUCCAGCUGGCCAAUAAGGAGCGGUCGGAGCUGAUCCGGCGUCAGCAGCUGGAGCAGCAGCAGAACGAGGAGCACAAGCGCCAACUACUGGCCGAGAGACAGAAGCGCAUCGAGGAGCAGAAGGAGCAGAGGCGACGCCUCGAGGAGCAACAGCGCCGGGAGCGAGAGAUGCGGAAGCAGCAGGAGCGAGAGCAGAGGAGGAGGUACGAGGAGAUGGAGCAGCUCCGCCGGGAGGAGGAGAGGAGGCACGCGGAGAGAGAACAGGAGUAUAUCCGUAGACAGCUGGAGGAGGAGCAGAGGCAGCUGGAGAUCCUGCAGCAGCAGCUCCUGCAGGAGCAGGCCUUACUGCUGGAGUACAAGAGGAAGCAGAUCGAGGAGCAGCGGCAGGCCGAGCGGCUGCAGAGGCAGCUGCAGCAGGAGCGAGCGUACCUGGUGUCGCUGCAGCAGCAGCAGCAGGAGCCGCCGCGCCCGCCGCAGGACAAGAAGCAGCUGUACCACUACAAAGACCAGGCGCCCGGCAGCAACGACAAGCCCGCCUGGGCUAAAGAGGUGAUGCGUCGAGCUCAGAGCAACUCUCCUCGCAUCCCUCCUAAGAAGUACCACUCCUUCAAGGAGACGCGAGACAUCAACCUGGACAACCUGCUCUUACUCCCCGGGUACAAACCCCGCCGUGCCCGCCCCCCUUCAUACCCCGCCCAUGUCAGUCCCUCCAGGGAUCACCUCCACCUGCCUCGGAUCCGUAUUACCUGUAUCCCUGACCACAUCAAGCCCUCUGAGCCGGUGGUGCGCCGGCAGAGCCCGGGCAGGAGCCCACGCAGGAGGUCCAGCAGGAGCCCCGACUCCAGGGGCCGGAGCGCCCACCGGGUGGAGGACCAUUAUAAGAUGAACAGACAGACUUCUCCUGCAUUGCAGCAUAAAGUCUCUAACCGGAUCUCCGACCCGUCGCUGCCGCCCCGCUCCGAGUCCUUCAGCAGCGGAGGCAUCCAGCAGGCCCGGACUCCGCCGAUGCACCGCUCCGUAGAACCACAGAUGGCCCACCUGGUGCAGGUGAAGAGUCACGGUCUAUCAGGCUCCCAGUCUCUGUACGACCCUCACGGCGUGUCCUCCUCCUCCUCGGCGUCGCCCUCCCCCUCCCGGCCUCCCAUGCCCCGGCAGAACUCCGACCCGACCUCAGACACCCCUCCUCCCCCGCCCCUCUCCCGCCUGGCGCCCCCUCUUGACAAGUUGGAUCGCAGCUCCUGGCUGCGGCAGGACGACGACAUGCCGCCCAAGGUUCCUCAGAGGACGACCUCCAUCUCUCCUGCUUUGGUCAGGAAGCACUCUCCUGGAAACGGACCCGGCCUUGGACCUCGGCCUGGAGCUCACCUCAUACGGGCCAGCAACCCCGACUUGAGGAGGACCGACGUUUCCAUGGAGACGCCCCUGAAGAGGACGAGCAGCGGCAGCUCCUCCAGCUCCAGCACCCCGAGCUCCCAGGGAGGCUCCAACGAACGAGGAAAUUCAGCCAUUAAGACCGAAGGCUCGACACUUUCUUCCCAUGAGACCAAAGAUGAAAACAGAGAGGUGACACGACCCAGCAGGCCUGCAGACCUGACGGCUCUGGCCAAAGAGCUGAGAGAGCUGCGUCAGGGCGAGGAGACCAGCCGCCCGCCGGUCAAAGUGACGGACUACUCGUCGUCCAGUGAGGACUCUCACAGCAGCGAGGACGAGGAGGGAGAGGGCGGGGCUAAUGACGGGACGGUGGCGGUCAGCGAUAUACCGCGCAUCAUGCCAGCUGCGAGUCAAGGUGCCAACGAGUCCUUCGGCGUGAUGGGAGGUCACAACGACGGCCACAACGACUCGUAUGGAAACAGCUCCCAGGACAGCACCCUGAUGAUGCGCGAGUACGGGAUGGGAAGCGGCGGCGGCUCCAAGGCUUCCUUCACACCAUUCGUUGAUCCGAGGGUGUACGGCACCUCCCCGACCGACGACGAUGACAACAUCUCGGCCUCAGCGCUGUUUGCUGAUGAGCUGCUGAAGCACGAGCACGAGCAGGAGCAGGCGAGGCUCAACGAGGCCAGGAAGAUCUCGGUGGUCAACGUCAACCCGACCAACAUCAGGCCGCACAGCGACACGCCCGAGAUCCGCAAAUACAAGAAACGCUUCAACUCUGAGAUCCUCUGUGCAGCUCUCUGGGGAGUGAACCUGUUAGUGGGGACAGAGAACGGCCUGAUGUUGCUGGAUCGAAGCGGUCAAGGCAAAGUUUACAAUCUGAUCAAUCGACGGCGCUUCCAACAGAUGGACGUCCUGGAGGGACUCAACGUCCUGGUCACCAUCUCAGGGAAGAAGAACAAGCUGCGUGUUUACUACCUGUCCUGGCUGAGAAACAGGAUAUUACACAACGACCCUGAAGUGGAAAAGAAACAGGGUUGGAUCACCGUUGGCGAGCUGGAGGGCUGUGUGCACUACAAAGUCGUGAAGUAUGAGAGGAUUAAGUUUUUGGUGAUUGCUCUGAAGAACUCAGUGGAGAUCUACGCCUGGGCGCCCAAACCUUACCACAAGUUCAUGGCCUUCAAGUCGUUCACUGACCUGCAGCACCGCCCCCAGCUGGUGGAUCUGACCGUGGAGGAGGGACAGAGGUUGAAGGUCAUCUACGGCUCCAGCGUGGGCUUCCAUGUCAUCGACGUGGACUCUGGAAACCCUUACGACAUCUACAUCCCCUCACACCCUACAUCCACUCCAACCAGAUCAUGGGCUGGGGAGAGAAGGCCAUUGAGAUCCGCUCUGUGGAAACGGGACACCUCGAUGGAGUUUUCAUGCACAAGCGAGCUCAGCGACUGAAGUUCCUGUCAGAGAGGAACGACAAGGUCUUCUUCGCCUCGGUGCGCUCCGGAGGCAGCAGUCAAGUCUUCUUCAUGACCCUCAACAGAAGCUCCAUGAUGAACUGGUAACACCUCCCCUUCGACCUACAACCCUCCUCCUCCUCUUCUUCUUCUUCUUCCUCUUCUUCACUCUGAACAUCGGCCGACAUCAGGAGAGAGGGACGGAGGGACGAUAGGAGGACUGUGUGUUCGUGUGUGUGUGUGUGUGUGUGUAUACGAUAUGUGUGUGUUUGUGCUGAACGGACGAUUGAGCAACUGGAGGACGAGUUAAACCACAAGAGUGUGUCCCCGCGUAUAGAUGACCUCCAACUAUAGGGGACGCUACAGGCCCAUUGAUGGUGUCGCUCCCUGCUGGGUGACUCCACACACUGACAGUGGACGCUGCCUUUGCCUAACCUGUGGACUGUUCGAUUGGGCUGAUGGUUCUUGAGAGUUUCGAUCCGGACUUUAAAGGACGCUGACAUCAUGCCGAGUAGCCUUUGACGUCCCCAUUUGACUGAAUGGGGAGCUGUAGAGAAGUUCUCUGUGUAGCACAUUAAUGAUUUCUUACAGGGUGUUCACACUGCGAGUAUGAUUGUUUUCGGUGACGCAGGUGAAUCAGACAUCUCUUCCUGCGCGGUGUUGUAGUGAGUAAACGUUGCUGUCUGUUUAGGUAGCGUCAGUAGAAGAAGAACUGAAGUCCCUCAGUGGGAGAGACACUUGGGACAGCUCAGUACAUCCACACUAAGCCGGCUAAGCUUUUUCUAUUGUGCCAACACUAAACUCUAACCAAAUGUUUUAAUGCGAACAAGCGAGAAUGAGCUUUUGGAAAACGGCGUCAGCCAGCCCAGAAACCGUCACAGACGUUCAGACGUUGGCCCUGACGCUCAUCAUCGAGUAAAGUCCUCUUUGCAAUGUGUGAUGUCAGAUUGUCUUAAACAAAAGUUGACAAUCGAGAGACAGAUGUGACAAAAUCUUUGGACGUCCAUCCAGUCGUUGAUCUGAGAUCCCAUCGUUUGAAGACCAAAAACUGCCAACCAGUCAGAUUUAUGAAUCCACAAUGUGACUGCUGCAGCCAAGACUUUAUUAGAAAUCUCGCACAGGACAUGCAGUGAACUUGUAAUAUUGUUUUUUAUGCAUUGCGUAGGCGCCUUAAAGUGCGACUCUGAGCUUUACAGAAACACCAUAAUGCGGACGUUAAAUUAGCCGGCUAAGUGUGGACAAUCAGCCUUUAACCACCCUGAGCCAAUUGUUAAAUCAAAACUCUCUAACGGUCAUCUGAUGUUAAAUCACUUCUGACUGGUCGACUCAGUCUCGGUGGAUGUUUUUUUUCCAGACGAACAUCUCGUAGCAAAUCAAACUUCUUUGAGAAUCAGAAUCCGUCGACGUUGUAAAGAUCAGCCGUGCACGCUGUUCCCCCUGAUCAUUACUCUCUAUGACGGUGUUGCUCACAGUGUGAACACUCAUUUCGAGUGCUGCUGCUUCGCCUUCUAUGUCUAUUCCCCAUUAGGAGAGAAAAAUACGACAAACAAGCAGUUAGUGUCACGGGGGAAGGAGAUUUUACACUUGUCAUUGCUGCACAGUUGGUUUCAGCUACUGUGGCUUCGUUGUCCUGGUAUAUUUCUGGUAGGGGGAAGGAAGGUUGUAGAUAUUGUAUUAUUGCUGCAACAGCAACACAAUAACAAAAAUCUUCACGUCAUUUCUCACAAGAAGAGCUUGGCGUAGAGUAGUUGCCAACUUCUGAGAGUUUCUACUUUUGCCGCCCUUCGUUCUCUCCACCUUUUUUCUGUCGCUGCUGUUCUGUGUACACCGCACCUGUGUAAAUACUCACAUUGAUGUUAAGGACAGACUUUGCAAAGCAGGUGAUUACUCUGAAGAAUAUAAAAAAAAAAUAGCAGUCUUGCUUCUUUUGUUUUAUUUUUUUUUCUGUAUAUCUGUCCGCUCUGUAGUUUCUCUCUCUCUUUUUUAAAAUCUGACCAGCGAGCCGAGCGAAGACUUACACGAAGGUUUGGUUUUGGGUUUAACACUCCGAGUUUACUCUUUUUUCUCUCCGUGGUCCAUCACUGUUUCUUUAGUUGUGCAUUUUGCAUGGUGGCAUACAUGUUUUACCUGUCGUCACUUGUUCUGAAUCGUAAGUUUAAGGCAAUACACUGACUGACUGCUCUGACUGUAGAGGAUGGACAGUGAGGCUCGCCCCUGAAGCAUUAUUCUCAACACUGAGCUGUACAGUGAAAGUUUUAACUUAGCUUAGAAUCUGGGCUUUUAUCUCAUGAGUAACAGUCAGAUAAGUCAAGAUUGUAAACUGGAUAAUUACACAUUUUACCAUUAGUUUAUAUUUUAGGCAUUUUGUUGAUGCUCACACCCAGAGCAGCUUCUAAAGAGCGAGCAGGACGGGGCUCAGCAUCACUUUUGAUGACAUUUUCUAUUUUCUGCCAGGCGAUGAUCUCUAUAAACGCCGACGUUUGUGGGAUCGUGAUCAGACUCCGAGGGAGGAACGCGGUUCAUCUUUUACUUGAUAUUUCUUUUAUGGUUCAUUGAUCUUAAAGGAUGCGAUAGGUGUAAGCAAUGCCGCUUUGAGGCCAGCUGAAGCCUUUUACAUGUGCAGGAUGUUAGCAUUAAUCAACACCCUGUGAAUAAAGGUCAGGAGGCAGGGUCAGUUGGAGAAACCAUAGAUAAAAAAAGAUAUAUAUACUGUAAGAAUUUUCGUUAUGAUGAUAUCUUACUGAUCAUUUUAGGGAAAGACAAAAAAAUGAUGUUCACUUAUUAAAGCUUAGUUGUCUUUCUACAGAAUAGAGAACAUAGCUAUACGAAUUUCUAAAAAAAAAAAAAUACAAUGUUUUUAUCGUGGUAUUAUUUGUAUUUGUAUUUCAAUUUUUGUACGUAUCAAGACUGUGAACGUAUGUACGGCUGUCAGCCUGUGAGUGUGUGUGUGUGUGUGUGUGUGUGUGUGUGUGUGUGUCUGAGUGUGUAGGUGGGUGAGCAGGUGUGUGCACAGGUGUGUGACAUGCAUGUGAGUGUAUGUUUUCACCUUGUCUGAAUCACUGGAAUCAGUCAAAAGACGACCUCAAUCUGGUAACGCACAUCUGUGAUGUUGGAAAAUUCUACAAUAAAUGUCCUCUCCUUGUACAGCAACACUGCCGGCUCCGCUCUCUUUCUUUGGACACGUCCUUGCACCGUGAAGUCUCGUUGAUAGGUGUGUUUGACCUUUUUCUCCUCCCAUGUUCAAUUAAAAAAAUAGCUCAAAAACAACUUGUGUUGAAACUGUGAAAUGUGUUUUUUUAGUGGCAACAAAAGUCUGUAAAAGUUGUGAAAUGCUCAAAGAACACAGCCGGUGGAAGAUCUCACAGUGAAUGAGGUUAACUGUCGUCAGGUCAGUAACACGAUUGGGAGCUUUGUGAAGAAAAGAUGGGGAGGGCUUCACAACUCUGUGAAAGACUGUGCUGGCAACAAUUUAGGAACAAUGUUUCUCAACGGAAAAUGACAAUCUGUGGAUUUCAUCGUCUACACAGACGAGGCCGGAAACCAACAUUAGACGUUAGAUGUUGGUGAUCUUCGGGCUCUGCAGACAAAAACACUGCAUGGGCUGAGAAACACUCCCAGAAACCAUCGACUGUGAACACACCUCAUCGCUGCAUCCAACUCCACCAUGCAAAGAAGAACCCAGACAUAAACCAGAUCCAGAAAGGUCACUGCCGCCUCCUGUGGACCAAAAACAAAAUAAAAGAUGUGUCUUUAU